AUGUACCGGAAUCGGGCUGCAAAUGAAUAUGAUGCUUCCUUUGAACAGAAAUCUCCGAAGUCUAAUGAUGAAUCCGAAGAUCAGCCACAGUCGGAACACCCAGAUUAUCUAGGCGAGAAUCGAAUCUACGAACUGAUUCCAGAACAAGAUGAAGAGCGUUUGCAUGAGGUUACCAGGCACUUUGAGAAUGAGGAGGCUGAAGUACAAAGCCGAGAUGGCGAUUUGAUCAACUUGAACUACACGAAUCAGUCUCCCGGACACAUUGAAUUUAUUCUCCAGUAUUUGAGAAGUCUUCGUCAUGAAAAGCGCGAUCAUAGUGAGGCAGAAAUCGCCAACCUUUACGACCCAGUGAACCCUCGCAUCUGGAACCCACUGGGUGUGGUUGACAAGGAAACGACCAAAGGAGAGAAUGCUCUUGAUAGCAGUAGCAAGGUUGCUCAAGCACCGCACCGUCCUUCAGCCUCAAUAUCAGGGAUAGUCGUGAAAUGCCUUAAAGAGCUCGAUCGUCUAUGUCGCGAUGAGCCUCUCCAGAAACAUCCCGACGUGUUGGCAGAGUUGUGGCAAGACGAGCUGGGUCGAUUGCGGGUGUGGGCUGCAAACAUUGGUGCUCAUCAAUCUGGACAGUCUUCAUUGGAUCAUCGGCUGCGAGAAGCAUCCCAUAUCAAGGACCAAACCUUGCGCCUUCUUGAGCGUUUACAGAGAGCCAUACAAGACGUGGAAGAUACUCUGAACGGCUCCGAGUCCGAAGACAACUUUCUCGACUCUGAAGAAGAAAGCGAGAAUGAGGAGACUGAGAUGCAGUCAAUAUAUCAUACUUUGCGUGAUACUAUUGACAAUCUUUUCCAGAUGUCGAUGUUGGUCCGACGACCAGCGCAACAAGAUCGUCUGCUCGGCACCAAAAGAUCCGACGCAGCCAUUUUUGAGCCUUUUGAUAAACAGCAUGUGCAAAGCAAAUAUCCAAACGCAGAGGAAUCUGUUAUACAUCGGCUUGGCCUGGCAAAUUCUCAGCGAAGGGCAGUCAUGCGAUACCGCAAACGACAUCACGUGAAACUCGCACAGGGCCUCGAUCGAGCCAUGGGAGUACAAUCAGAUAACCGCUCAGCUAUAUUAUCAGAUACCGUCGUGACAGAUUUUGUUGAAAUUCAGCAGAGCAAUACAAAGUUUGAGUCGGAAUCCAUUGCCACCGAGACCUCAUACGCCCAAACAAUACUCCAUGGAGGAGACGGCAUUACGUUACAGCCUCCGCCGAAGGCAUCUGCUGACGGGACGCCUUUUGAAUGUCCUUACUGUUUCCUGAUAAUCUCUGUCACGGAUACAAGAUCCUGGGCUCGCCAUGUUUUCAACGACAUAAUGCCAUACGUUUGCAUUUUCCCAGAGUGUCCAACACCGCACCGCUUAUAUGAAAGUCGACGAGAGUGGUUCUCCCAUCUGCGAAUUGAACAUUCGAUUGAGACUAAUUCGGAGAAUAACAUGGACUGCAAACUUUGUUUGUCCUCUUUUUCUUCAGGAAAGCAGUUGGAGAGACAUGUUGGUCGACAUUUGGAGGAGCUGGCCUUGUUUGCAUUACCGCGUUCUGAUGAUCCCGAUGAAGAUGAGGAAAUUCUCCUCUCAGAUAUCUCUGAUGUUGCAGGCAAUGAUUCCGAUCUAGACGCCAGGGAUUUGCCUGACUCCGAAGGAAUACCGAGCAAAUUCCAUCCCCCGAGCACAGAAUUGGGUCUGGAUGUGACAACGGAAAGUGCCCCUGGGGUACCUCAAGAGAGAGAAGUUGUCGACAAAGGAAAUAAUAGUACUACUAGUAGUAUACCUCCCAGCUCAUUUGCCAGAGCAGAUGGCGCCCGGACUAAGGGGAGCGACAUAAAUCAAAUACCCGAUCCUGAGAAAGGUCAUGACAGCUUGACUUACUCUGCCCACAAACCCCUCAACUCGGUCGGUUUCACUGAUAUUGUUGAACACAUCGACGUGAAAAUAGGAAAUACUACUGAAAGAUGGACAGAGAUAAACAAUGGCCAAGUCAUUGCAGAAGCAUUCAAACAGCUGGGCUAUAAAUACGAGCAGACACCGCGCCAUUUCUAUGUCUUUGGCCAACUUACACGGGAGGACGUUGCUGAGCUGAUCGAUUUAUCUGCCGAUAUUCAAAGCAGGCGUGCGUUCGAGGAUGAAGUGCAAAAAGGACGAGUGGCCGCACCACUGCCAUCAUCUGCAUCAUCAACGGAGUCUAUUCAAUAUGUUAACCCAUGGCCCUCGUUCGAUCAGGCCGAGGUUGAGCUACCGCCGCUGGAAAACAGAGUAAUUUCUCUCCUUUCAGAAUCCGAUCCUAUUCAAGUUCCAUCAACAUCAAAGGACGCAGGGAACGAAAUUAUUUCUACCCCGAGUCGGACAUUACUAGAUAUUGUAUCAGGAGACGUUGCAAGUCAAGGAAAUAAAGAAGGUGGCUUUGCUGAAGACGAGGCUACUAGGUUGAGGAAAAAGUUCAAAGUGAUACGAGAGAAGGCUCCUCCAAAAUCUCAAAGCAGUGGCAGCAUCCCAUCAGAGAUUACAGAUCAACCUACAAUUAAGGAAUGUCUAGAGGCAGCCCGGAAUGCUGAAGGUCUUGUGGACGGACAUAAAGCAGAAAUUCUCGAAGCCGCGAUCACCCAAUUGUGGACUCGAAUGCAACACGACCCCGAUGACUACAAUCUCACUCGGGAUGAGUUCGCUCUCUUCAACUACUUCAUCGGACGGUUCCGCGGUUCUACAAUAGCACAACGGGCCGUAGCCCGGUUUUGGAGCAACUAUUCAAGUGACCUACAAAGCUCAAAAACAACCCUUGGAAGUGAUCAAUACAUCCAAUCAGACUCCGCUACAGGCUCAAGUUCCUCGGCUCAUUUUGCAAAUCGAAGAAACCCCGAGGAACACAACAAUGCUCUCCUGGAGAUUCCGGCACGUCCAUCCUUUCAGCUAAAUAUUUUAAAAUCCUGGUUCUUCGCGCAUGAGGAACACCCCUACCCUACUGAGGAGGAAAAACAGAUGUUUGGAGAGCUGACUGGGCUCACGAUUCCUCAAGUUAAUAAUUGGUUUAUCAAUGCCCGAAGACGGCAGUUACAACCCCUAAGAGCAGCCAUAGGAGCAGAUAGUGGCACAGCAGACUCGGCCCAGCAGCCUCCUAGUGAAAACCAGACAUCUCAUUAUCAGGACUCCUGGCUUCAAUUUGAUCAUGCCGAAUAUCCCACCACUAGUUGA